GUUUUUCUCUCUCUACCAUUAUCUCGCUCAGAAAAUAUCCAAAGUCGAAGUGCAAGAAAACGAACAGUAAAAGAGAAUGGGAAAUGCAUUGAGGUUUCUUUAUGGCCAAUGCUGUUCCGAGCCACCAACCACCACCACUACAUACGGCGGUGCUGGUGAUCAACAACUUGGCCACCACGGCGUUUCUUCAACCAGCGUCGGUGUCUCCGCCCUUGCCCAGCACCUCUAUCACUUCGAAAUCACCUCCCAGGUUCCUGAAGGUCUGAGUAAGCAUGUGAGUUCAUCCAAGAAAGCUCAGUCCAAUUGGUAUAAGAAACUAUCAAAGGCAUGGAGGGAAUCAAAACCUCCACCAAAGACACCUGAAGAGGCUUCCAGGCUUGUAAUUCGCACCCUACAAAGACACCAAAAACCUGAUAUUGAGGGUAUAUUAUCAUUCUACGGUCUCCCACUUCCGCACUCGCUAGUUGAACUCACCGCGGGUGAUGCUCCACCGCUUGCUGACGGUCUCAAAUUUGAAUUACACACACUUCCCGUGGAUGCAAGGGCAGUAGCAGACGGAGACACUGUAACGGUCUAUGUCAGUACCUCAGAUGCACGAGAGUCAUCGCGUGUCCCGCAAGAAGUACACAUGGCGGCAGUUGAACGCAACGAAGCACGGGCCCACAAGAACUACACCAAAGCAGAUGCAUUGCAGAAGCAAAUCAAAGAUGCAGGCUAUGGGGUACUACAUAUCAAUAACGAGGAAAUUCUAGCACGAAAGUACAGGAUCAGACUAAGGGGAAUAGAUGCACCUGAAAGAUCAAUAUGGGCGUGUUUUGUUGGGGAUAUUUAUUGUAAUGGCAUAUUUGUACAGGAGUUAAUGUUGAAGAAAGGACUAGCAUGGCAUUACACUGCCUAUGACAAAAGGCCGGAAUUAGAGAAGUGGGAGAAAAGUGCAAGGGCUAAGAGAAUUGGGUUGUGGGCUUCAUCGAAUCCUGAAAUGCCAUGGGAAUGGAGGAAGAAUCGCCGUGAACACAGAUAGUUUGGUUGGAUGGAAUGGAAUGGCGAAGGAAUGGAAUAGAAUAAACAAGGCAAUGGAAUGAGUCGUUACAUUCCAUGAUCAUGUUUUGUUGGCUGUAGGAAUUGAAUGAAUUUUCAUAUGAUUUUUUUUUUUUAUCUUAUUUGUAAAUACAAGAUAUAGUUUUUAUACUAUUUAUAUAGUAUUAUUUAAUUAUAAUUAACUAGG